CCAACAUGAAUUUCCUGCUAAGAUUAAUUUGGCCAUUCUUAUUACUUGUUCAUAUAUAACCCACUUGAAUCUAUCAGUUUUAGAUGAUGAACAACAUGAUUUGGGGUCAAGAAAUUACUACUAAAAGUUUAGUUGAACAACAUGAGAUUGAAUUCAUCAUCUUAAACAAAAUCAAGACGAGGGUUACAUGUCAAAAUGAUGGUUUUAAAUUUAAUUUGCACUACACUUUUUCUUUUCUUGCUGCAGGCAUUCUUGGGUUCAAGAACACCCAAAUCCUUCUCUUUCUUGCUAAAACCUUCCUAUGGCUUGUGUUUAUGUUUUUUGUGGACAAAAAGAAACCAACAAAAUACUUGUAUUUUCCUUUAUCAAGUAGCUAUCAAAUAGAAAAGGGGAAGGCAAAUCACUCACGAAAUUAGCCCACUUUUGACCAACUAUUUUCUUUUUACUUCUUAAAAACUCUGCCCAUCUUUCUUCAACCUCCAAGAAAUGAAUGAAUCGUCAACGUUUGGGAAAUCCUCUUUUCUCUAUGCUUUUCUCGGGAUGUAAAUUCGGUUUAUUCGAAAAGGUAAACAAAUAGGCUUAGAAAAUCCUCUUCUGAGGUUGAAGACUUUUUCUUUAAUACCAAUACAUAUAAUUUCUAAGCUUUUGAAGACACAAUUAUUUGGUCCAAGCCUAUGCUCACCUCUAUCUCUUCCCUUCCAACCUCAACAAUGUUGUCUUGAGGAAAUAAUACUAAUCAUCAAAGAGGGCAACUCCUCCAUGGAAGGCCUUUUCACAAGUUUAUUAAUUUCCAUUGCUUUAUUCUUGCUGUUCUUUUCACCUUCUGUUGCAGUAGACAGCAUAGCUGCAAAUCAAGUCAUCAAAGAUGGUGAGACCAUUGUUUCAGCUGGAGAAAUGUAUGAACUGGGAUUCUUUAGCCCUGCUAAAUCCAACAACCGUUACUUGGGGAUAUGGUACAAGAAGAUUGCAACGGGUACAGUGGUAUGGGUUGCUAACAGAGACUUGCCAUUAUCCAAUACAUCAGGCACCUUCAAAGUCAGUAGCCAGGGACUCCUGCUGCUUUCCUGCUGUGAUGGUACUGUAAUCUGGUCAUCUUCUUCUUCCACAUUUGCCAGGUACAUUAAUCCAGUGGCACAACUUUUGGAUAAUGGGAAUUUUGUUGUCAAGGGUGUAAACAGUACUGGUGACACAAAUUUGAUUUGGCAAAGUUUUGAUUAUCCUGGUGACACCUUGCUACCCGGCAUGAAACUUGGUAAGGACUUUGUUACAGGCAUAAGCAGGAACUUAACAUCAUGGAAGAGUCCCAGUGAUCCUUCUCUAGGUCAGUAUGUAAACUAUGUAGAUACAAAUGGAUAUCCACAAGGGUUCAUCCUCGGGCAAGGUUCAGUCAAAAGCAGGGUUGGACCAUGGAAUGGCAUUAGGUUUAGUGGUCUGCCUGAUGAGAUGCCAAAUCCAAUUUACUCAGUUGACUUUGUUGUUAACCAGAAGGAAGUAUAUUAUAUAUCCGAGCUUAAAAGUUCAGCUGUUCAGAUGCUACAUUUGAAGUGGGAUGGCAGCAUAGCAAUAAUGCGUUGGAGAAAUCGAAGUCAAGAUUGGUUUGCUUUUUCAAAUUUUCUACAGGAUAUAUGUAAUGGCUAUGGACUCUGUGGUCCUUAUGGAAUCUGUAACAUCAACAAGACUCCUCCUUGUACUUGUAUGGAUGGUUUUGAACAAAAACGCCCUGAUGAAUGGAACACGGCAGAUUGGUCGAGUGGGUGCCAACUCAAAAGUCCUUUAGAUUGUAGGGUUGGAGAAGUCUUUUGGAAAAUUAGAGGGAUGAAAUUUCCUGACACACGGCAUUCAUGGUACAAUCUGAGCAUGAACCUCGGUGAGUGCGAGAAAGCCUGCAGAAAAAAUUGCUCUUGCACGGCUUAUGCAAAUUUAGAUAUCAGAGGAGGGGGGAGUGGAUGCUUACUCUGGUUUGGUGAAUUGAUGGAUCUUAAGGUCUGUGAAGAGAGUCAAGAUCUUUACAUAAGAAUGCCGGCCUCUCUACUAACAGAUGAAGGUCUUACAGUAUUCCAAUCUGGUUUCAACAAAAAGUUUCAAGUACUCACUGUAGUCUUGUCAAUUUUGUUGGUCUUCCUGGGCAUAGCAGUGUAUGCUUGUUGCAAGAAAAAGAGGUCUUACAUGAAAGGAAGAGGUCUCAGGGUACACGCCAUUGAUAAACGUUAUUCCGAUGUAGAGAAGGAAGAUCUACAGCUGAAUUUUUUUAGUUUAUCUCAAAUAGGCAAGGCUACCAAUAACUUCUCUAUCAACAAUAAACUUGGGGAAGGUGGCUUCGGUCCGGUUUAUAAGGGAGUAUUGGAAAGCGGACAAGAAAUCGCUGUGAAGCAGCUUUCAAAAACUUCGGAACAGGGGUACGAUGAGUUCUACAAUGAAGUUGUUUUUGUUGGCAGACUUCAGCAUCGGAAUCUUGUGAAGCUUCUUGGAUAUUGCAUGGAUGGAGAUGAAAGGAUCCUGAUUUAUGAAUACAUGUCUAACAAAAGCUUGGACUUAUUCCUAUUUGAUGAAACCAAAAGUUCAACGCUUGAAUGGCCUCGGCGCUUCUGCAUUAUUCAUGGGAUUGCUAGAGGUGUUCUUUAUCUCCAUCAAGAUUCCCGCUUCCGAAUCAUCCACAGAGACCUGAAAGCCGGCAAUAUUCUGCUGGAUCACGACAUGAACCCGAAAAUUUCAGAUUUUGGGCUUGCUAGAGAGUUUGGAGGAGACCAGAUUGCAGCCAAGACGAAGAAAGUGGUUGGAACAUAUGGUUAUAUUUCACCCGAGUAUGCAAUUCACGGGCGUAUAUCUGUAAAAUCAGAUGUGUUCAGUUUUGGUGUUUUGGUUCUGGAGAUAGUGAGUGGGAAGAAAAACAGAGAAUUCUCUCGUGAAGAUGUCAAUGAUAACCUUCUUGGAUAUGCAUGGAGACUCUACACAGAAAAUAGGUGCCUCGAGCUCAUGAGCCCAUCUUUAGUCAACUCGUGCAUUAUCUCAGAGGUAACACGAUCAAUACAUGUUGGGCUAUUGUGUGUGCAAAACCGUGCACAAGAUAGGCCAACUAUGUCUUCCGUGGUUAUGAUGUUGAAUGGUGACGGUGCAUUGCCUCCACCUAAACAACCUGCUUUCUUUGCUGAAGAAAUUUUGCCUAAUCACUACCCCUAUUCAACGGUUGAUGAAGCCACUAUAACGUUGGUAGUUCCUCGAUAAUAAUUACAUUAUUUUGAUUCCGAACGUAUAUAUGUUUAGCCAUCACAUAUUCUCAGAUGCACCAUUAAUGGUUUUUAUGUGUAUUGUGUAUCUUAAGGUUGUACGCUUUUGUGCAGUGUAUCGUAUUUCAGUAUGCAGUUUUA